CACAUCGCAUCAUUCACCGAUGUGGAAAGGAUCCGUCGCCUCCAGAGUACGUCAUCCAUGUCAAACUUCGCUUAAAUUGAGCGAACGUUGACAGUUCGUUGGCCGAUUUUAAAUUUCAACGCCGCUUCACCAAACGGCCAAGCCCCGUUCCUCCCGCGGAAAAAGGGAAAGGCAAACCAGGAGAAACACAAGUCACGCUUUCCGUAUCAAUCUUCUGCCUCUGCUUCUAUUUCUAAUCCGCUUUUCAAUCCUAGGGUUUCUGAUCAGAUCUGGUUUUUGGUCUCUCCAUUGCUCAACAUGUGGAGAUCUCUAUGGCGAUCCAUUGAUCGCUUCUCUCUCCAAUACUUCAAAUAUGUAAUUAAUGAAUUGCGGGAAAUCAAAGUUGUGCACAAGGCUAACAGGGAAUCAGUUGUAGAUAUACUGCAAUCGAUAGUUGAGAUAGUUACCUAUGGUGAUAGACAUGACCCAGCUAUUUUUGAAUGUUUUAUGGAAUAUCAAGUUUUAGCAGAGUUUGUUCGUCUACUGAAGAUUAGUAGGAAUUCAAGAAUUGAGGUGCCGUUGCUUCAAUAUCUAAGUAUAAUGAUUCAAAACAUGGAUUCUGAACAUGCAAUUUACUAUUGUUUUAGUAACGAUUACAUCAACAGCAUCAUAACACAUCAAUAUGAGUUUGAUGGGGGAGAUCUAGCUCCAUAUUACGUCUCUUUUUUAAGAGCAGUGAGCAGCAAAUUAAAUAGAGACACACUCUGUCUUCUCGUAAAGGUUCAUGAGGAUGUUGUAGUUGCAUUCCCACUAUAUAGUGAGGCUCUUAAAUUUGCUUAUCAUGGAGAAAAGAUGAUCCAGAUAGCUGUACGUGCAUUAACUCUCAAUAUAUAUAAUGUUAGUGAUGCUAUGGUCUAUCAAUUUGUAACAUCUCCUCCAGUUUCAGAGUACUUCUCAGACUUGGUUCAGAGCUUAAGAGAGCAAUGCUUUCAUCUCGAUGCCCUUGUCCAUGCCAAAGAAGAGACUAGCUUUCCUGAAAAGGAGAAAGAACUACGUAUGGCAACUGAUAAAAUUGUAGACGAUCUUUACUACUUCAAGGACAUACUGUGCAUUGGCGAGUCUCGCUUGAGUAAAUUGGUCGCCCAAAAUCUUCUCAACUUACUCAUCUUUCCUGUAUUUUUCCCAUUACUGCAGCUCAGCCAGAGUAGUGGUUCAGAUCUAUCUGCAGUCACUUGUUUGUAUGUAAUUUCUCGCCUCCUUCAAGUUGUUGGUGGAAAAAGCAUGGUUAACUCUGUGGCUGGUAUUAUUCUAUAUCCUUCCAUGACCUCAAGCAUGAGAGAUACUACUAGAGGGGACAGUGGUAAUGGAAGUUUUCAAGAUAAAUCUUUUGUCACCAAUUUAAAUAAAUUGGAGAUGCAAUGUUCUGGUCUUGAGUCUGAAGGAGCAGAAAACAUCGAGAGGAACUGUCUGUUUGGGCACUUGUUGGACUACAUUUCAUCAGAUUCUCAUUUUGUCAGCUGCCCCUGGGAUAAUAAACUUGGAGAAAGGAGUGGACUACUAUCAUAUAUUUUCUCAGAUAAUCACAGUCUAGUGCUAGCAUCUCUAUUUUUCUUACUUGUUCUAGGAGGAAGUAAAGAUCUUGAUUAUUUGUUGGCUUCAACUAUUGGAUUCUCUGAAACAAAGACUGGGAGACAGAAGACUAUUGACAUUUCAGCUUCACAGUUAGUGGAUGGAAGUGUCUUUGUGAAGUAUGUGCCACAGAUUUUGAAUGCAUUAUUGAAGGUUUUAGCAAGCCAUCCACCUUUCUCAGUACAAUUUCAAUGGCAUACAGGAUGGUUCUUGCAGAAGCUACUUGCUUUUCAAGAAGAGAAGUUGGUUGAUAAUGAUUUGCACCUUUUCAAUACUUCAUAUGAGCAGUCCUGUGAACGUCUUCGGAAAGAAAUUGAUGGAUGCUGGUUUGAUUUUAUCCCAGAUACUCUCAGAAAUGAAUGGGAAAGCUAUAAAAGAGCUCUUGCAGAAACAUCGCUAUCCAAAGACCCCUUUUUCACGCUAGAGCUUGCCGUCCACAAAGAAACAGUUGGUGGUGAUAUGGCUUCUUCUUAUGCUUGGCGAAGAAUGGUUGACACAGUCAAGGUUUUCAUUGUUCACCUUCAUCUGAAAGCAUUUAUUUUCAAAGGAGAACCUCUUGAAGAUCUGCCAAUAAACUUGAUGAGCAGUUCUGUUGCUAAUUCUGGGAAAAACCAUCCUUCAGAUAUUUCAACUGCAAGUUUUGGGUCAGAGCUGGCUUUAGGCUCUGGAAUCCCUUGUAAAAUUGCAUUUUCUAAAGUUGGGACAAGGGACAUCUAUCUGAAGCCAGUGGGAAGGGGAAUAUCUGGAAAGUUGCUUCUUAUGGAGAAAAAUCCCUUCAAGACUCGACAAGGGGUUGUGAUAGCUAUUGCUCCAUUGGCAGGGCUGAGUCCAAAGAGAGAUGAGAGCCAGCCAACAUGGUUACAUCUCCGGAUUAGGGAGUUUGAGCCUAGAUUUGAUACAAGACAGACUAUUGGCAACUACUCAAUUGCAUCCAAUCAUGUGGCUGACGGGAGAUGGACACUCGGUUUUUCUAGUGCUGAAGCUUGUGAGGCUGCUCGAUUGCUGAUCCUCGAGGAAAUUCAGAAGCAGAGAUACUCUGUAGAGAGCUUACUUGCUCCACUACUUCGCAGUAGUUCUCAUGGAGAUUUAUCAGAUGGUCAAGGUGAGUAAACCUCUGAUGAUAUGGGGCCAGAUUAGCCAACUAACAAUUUAGUUUUCUUUCCUACCUCUAUUCCCUUCGCCGUCGCCCCCCACCCCCCUCUUUUUUUUUUUAAUUUUUUAGAUAUGGUGAUAAAAUAGAUAAGAAAGUUGUUAGGUGUUGACCCUAGAGCGUAAAAUCCAAUACAUCUGUAAUUCCCCCUACUUUGUUGUUUGCUUUUCCACUAUUAUUUUCGUUAGGAAUCUAAUAAAUUGAUAUUGAGGUGAACAUGUGAGUAACUAAUAAAUUGAUGUUGAAGUGAA